AUGUCCAGGAUAGGAACGUGUCAAUGUGAACCCAAUCUGGUGCGAGAUGGUACUGGUACAUGUUCAGCUCCACCAGCUCCACCAACCACAAACAGUACUGAUGAUGACAAGAUUGUGAAGUACCAUUGGGAAGAGGUGAAUGGACCCUUACAGGAACAUAGUAUCAGUGGGGAUUCUUCUAUGUUGAAGUUACAGAACCUUUCUCCUGGCAACUAUACAUUUAAAUUAACGGUAACAGAUUCUGAUGGUGCUGUCAAUUCAUCUCAGGCUAAUGUCACUGUCCAUAAAGAAACUGAUUAUCCCCCUAAAGCCAAUGCAGGAUCAGAUGUAGUGAUCCACCUUCCAGUGAAAUCAGUGAUCCUGUAUGGUAACGCCAGCACUGAUGAUAAGGGUAUCGUUAGCUAUGAGUGGACCAAAACUGGUGACACUGAUAUCACUAAUGAUGUUUCAGGCGUCAGGACACCAUUUUUACAUCUAAAAGAUCUGGAAGUAGGAGACUACACCUAUACAUUGAAAGUGACGGAUGCCAGCGGACAGUCUUCUUCUGCUGAUGUUCACGUUUUUGUGAAACCAG